UUGCUACUCUGAAAUUCCAAGAUUAACAACGCUAUCCAUCUUCGCAAAUUCAAUUAACCGGUUUAACCAAUGUCAACUCGAAGGGAAAGCUCAGAGAAUGGAGAUACAAGGAAACGCUUGAAACCUGAGGGGGAAGAAGAGGGGAAAGCUGAAGCAGAUUCAGUACAUACUGUACAAGAGGAAGAAAUGGAGGCCAACAUUACUGGAUCUGAGGAAAUGGAACUGAAUAUCUCUCUUAUUCUUGAGAAAAUUGAGAAUUUUACUCAAAGGGUGUCUGAGCUCUUGGAAUCAGGGAAAACAAUGUUUAAGGAAUUAAGCAAUGAAUUUGAGGAGAAACUGAUUAUGAUUCAUAAGGAGCAAGUGGAGAAAUGGCAGGAAGAAAUUAAAGAAUUGCGUGCAAUUGAUGCCUCAAAUGAGGAAGCUAAUGCUGUUCUGCAUAAUGCUCGAUAUCUACUUCAGCUCAAUCAGAAUGAUUAGUGAAGUUACAGUAACGGGACAUGCAUCACUGUAGAUAAUGAAAUACAUGGACGACUCCAUUUCCUUUCGCACUCCCGUUAACAAAAGGACAUACAUAUCCAUCGUUUGUUAUCGUGGAGAACUUGAUAUUUUUUUCUUCAAAGGCUAAUUAGUCCAAAGUAAAAAUGUUCAAGGAUGUAAUUAACAGAUAUUUUGAUAACAACAGUCAUAAUUCAUAACGUUCAAGCAAAUUAGUACAAUUGUCAAUCCCACAAGUUGAGUAGCCUUCUCUUAAUGCAUUUCUUCUUUGAGUUUGCCUAUGCUUGAAAUUAACAUGCCUUGCCUAUUCCUGAUGAUGAUUAGAGCUUUGUUAGAGCCUGACAUUGUUGAAGGGGUUGAUAUUGAGAUGAU